AUGGCCCCUCCACGAUCUCAGAGGAAGCGAGCGCUCAACUGUACCGGUGCUCUUGUGGCCGCUGUUGGACUUGGAGUAACAUGCUGGUACCUUUGGAAGAAUUACACAGGUGAGGCAGAAGGGGAGCAGAGACUCUCGAGAGAAGAAGCAGCAGAAUCGAAAUGUGUUGUGGUGACGCCCAGUGUCUGUGAUGUUCAGAAUAUGGUCCAUUGGGAGAUGCUCAUAAAUUCAGACCAAGAGGAUAUUGUGUUCUUGGUGGCACCAGGGUGUCACGAUAGGUUCUCAUCGGAGGUUCUUAGUUUAGUGGAUGAACAGUUCAAGUACAAAGCUAUAAAUUGCGAGACUGUUGAUGGAAUAUGGUACUGUGUGAAAUCGCUGAUGAAGCAACAACUGUACGUUAUUCCAAGCGAAGUCUCUAACGGUAUCCCCAAUGACAUUGCAAGGUACGUUCAGGAUAUUGGACAAUGGCGCACCAGAGAGGAUAUACUAGUGGCCUUCCCCGUGUAA